AUGGCAAUCAUUCCAGCAAUGCCGACAAGCACACCUUUGCACACCAGCACAAGCAACACUCAAGCAGAUGAAACAGCCGCCGAUACUGAAGUGAAUGAUGAAACUGAUGACGAAGCACAAGGGGAUGAAGAUGGUGGGCAAUCAAAAAUCAUAGUACCUCAGCCACCGUAUCUUGGGCAGAGAUUUGAUUCGUUUGAAGAUGCAAAGGAAUUCUACCAAACAUAUGCAAAGUUCCAUGGGUUUGCGGUCAACACCGAAUACCAUAGGAAAAUUAAAAAAACUAAUGAGUACAGCAGAGGUGAGAUGAGGUGCUACAAGGCACGAAGAAAUAAGAAGGGCAAAGAUGGAGCACAGUGGGUAGUCACUGAAUAUUUUGACGAGCACAACCACGAGCUAAUAAAGAAGUUUGACCUGGUAAAAUUUCUGACCGCCAACAGAGGAUUCACACCCCUCGAGAAGAAAUUCAUAAAGCUGCUACAUGAUUGUAACGUCGGUCCAUCAAGAAUGGUCCAGAUACUCUCCCUCAUCCACAGCAAAAAUGGGACUCUGAGUAGCAUGCCCUACAUACCAGCAGACGUCACAAACCUAAAGGCAAAGUACCGUAGAGAAAGCAAGUUGGCUGACAUAGAAGCCACGAUAGCCUACUUCGAUGAGAAAGCGAAAGAAGAUCCAGAUUUCUUCUACAGGAUAAGAUUGGACGAUGAGGACCGUGUAAGGAACAUGUAUUGGGUGGAUGGUGCUGCAACAAGAGCCUACAAACAUUUCCGAGACUGCAUUUCAUUCGACGCGACAUAUCUCACUAAUAUGUACAAGAUGCCAUGCGCUCCAUUCAUAGGAAUAAAUAACCACAAUCACUCAUUGCAGUUCAGAUGCGGGCUCGUUCGGAACGAAGACACAUAUGGGUACACUUGGCUGUUCAAGACCUUCUUGGAGUGCAUGGGUGGACUUGCUCCGAUGAGCAUAAUAACAGACCAGGAUUUUAGCAUGCGUGCAGGCAUAGAGGUCUUUCCGUUGCCAGUGCACAGGCACUGCAGGUGGCACAUUAUAAAGAAGGCUGAGGAGACGCUAGGACCGUUCUUUGCUGACCGUCCAGAGCUGCACAAGGCAUUUGAGCUGUGCAUGGACCACAGCUUGACGGUGGAGGAGUUUGAAAGGAGCUGGAUGGCUAUGAUUGAAACAUAUCAAGUCCAAGACCACGAGACGCUUGCUAGCUUGUGGGAAAAGCGAAUGUACUGGGUGCCGGCCUACUUCAUGCAGUGCUUCUUCCCGUUUCUGCAGACUACACAGCACAACGAGGGGUUCAAUGCUGUUUUGAAGCGGUACGUGAGCCCUGGCAACUCAUUGCUACAGUUUGCCAAGCAGUGCACCGCUUUGCAACAAAAAAUACUGGGAUCCGAGCUACAGCAAGAAGCAAACACCGCGCUCAAGCAGCCAAAAUUGCUAACGUAUUUACCAAUGGAGAGGCAGAUGAGCAAGAUAUACACCAACAAGAUUUUUAACAAAUUCCAGGAAGAAAUAAAGCGUGCCACCAUGUACACGGCUUUCCAGGUGGACGAACAUAUGUUCAAGGUGUGUUCUAUCCUGGGCAUGUCGGAUUCAGAACCUGAAGACCCGGACAAGGGAAGGAACUACUUUGUGAAGGCAUCGAUAAGCGAAGGCGAAUACUACUGCCAAUGCUGCAAAUUCGAACGGGACGGCAUUGUGUGCUGUCACAUACUAAAAGUAAUGGACAUGAACGCGGUGACACGAAUGCCCCGCCAUUUCAUAAGGCGGCAAUGGACUUGGGACGCUGACGAUGCAUUGGCGCCGCAAACAUCAAAUGCAGUUUUGGCUGUGCAUGACGAGAGACCAGAGUCAACCAUGGAAGCCGUGAGGCACAUUGUGUUGACAAAGAACUAUGCUGAACUAAUUGAUGAAGCGUGCAAGAGUGAUGAGACAGCGAGGGUCGCAAAAAAACACAGGAAGGCCCUCAAAAGAGAGCUUGAUGAGAUCAAGAAGAGGAAAGCUGAGGAAGCCUUACACAGGUUCCCCUGCACAUCAAGUGUGCCUUCAUCCACGGGGCCAUCAUCUGAAAACUCGGAGGUAGGAUCUGGAACAGCAAGCACAGAAACCCAGGCCGCCUGUAAGAAAUUUGAAUUGGAAAUCUCUGAUUUGAAGAGCCGGUUGAAGACCCAGGAAAGUGAAACCCACAAAGCCAACUCCAAAUUUGAACUCAGUGUAUCUGCACAAGAGAAACUGAAGAAAAAAUUUGAAACAGAGAGGAAAGCCUGGGCAGAUGAAAAAGCUGCUUUGCUCAGCCGGGCCAAACAGGCGGAGGCCACCCUUACUGAGAGAACCGCCGAGCUGUCCGGCUUAAAACGCCAUUUCCCAGAAACAUCUGAAUUGCCAACAGCUCACUUGACUUUGUAA